AUGGAACCAACCUUUAUUUUGCAAUUGGAUAGCGGCCGUCGACCGAUUGAUAAGCUCCAAGGAAAUAUUUACAAGACUAUAAAGAACGGGAAUUUAGAUGAAUUAACAGACUUGCUUAGUUCAUCUCAAGCAAAAAUCGAUCUUAAUUGUCUGGACAGUUCCAGCAAAACAGCUUUACAAGUGGCAGCAGAUCUGGAAGAUUCUUCAGUUCGAGAAAGAAUAGUUACAGCGCUAUUGAAUAACGGGGCCAGUUUACAGCUUGGUUUGCUGAAUGCAGUCCGUCAAGAAGACGCGAAGGUAGUGGAAAUACUGCUUCAAUUUUAUGAUGAACAACACCAGACAUCACGGGAAUUGCUGUCCGCAAGAGGCAAAACCGCUCAUAUAACACCGCUUAUCUUGGCGGCCUGUUUGCAGAAUUUUCAAAUUGUCAAGUUGCUUCUUGAAAAUGGAUUCACUGUUGACGAUCCUACAGCCGUUCGAUGGUCGAGAGACCCCACGGGAGCGGUCAGCGAGAAGCUCGGUCCCGCAGUGUACCGUUUAAAUAAAUACCGCGCACUGGCCAGUCCUGUGUUUAUAGCGGCGUCUUUUCUGCAAGACGUGCAACGUGGUCCAGACCCAGUUCUUCAAGCUUGUACCCUGAGAAAGCAACUCCGUGACAUGGCCGAGCAAGAAUACAAAUUUAGGAACGAGUACCUUCAGCUAUGUGAUGGCUGUCAAGAAUUCACUGUUUCCCUCCUGAAUGAAUGCUGA